UGACUUGCUUACACGUAGGAUGUGUAGCCAUGCAAAUUGUCUCUACGUGUCACGUCCCAGUACAUUUCGUUGCCUACGACCGCCAUUGAUGACUCUUCAAGAAGCCAGCUUGUAAAAUCCUAUAAAAACCCAGGCAUCGAGAGCUAGUUAGCCACUUUCCAGAUCACUAGAAGAUGCAGAGCCUGCAGGAAGAGAGAAGCAAUAAUGCGCAGAUUAGCAGAGACGAAGAAGAGAGAAGCCAUAGCAGAAAACUCGAACAAGACGGAGGAGUUGAUGAGCGCAGGAAAGAAGAAGACGAUGAGACGCCAUCAAUGGCGCUGAACCACGUGUCAAGGCUGUGCAGAUCCGUGAAAGAGUCGGUGGAUUUCUACACCAAGGUUCUGGGGCUGGUGGUGGUGGAGCGGCCGCCGGCGUUCGACGGCUUCGACGGCGCGUGGCUCUUCAACUACGGCGUCGGGAUUCACCUGGUUCAAGCUAAGGACGAAGAUCGCCUCCCCAAUCACACAGACCAACAACCUUUAGACCCCAUGGAUAACCACAUCUCUUUCCAAUGUGACGCCAUGGAAGCAAUGGAGAGAAGGCUGAAGGAGCUGAAGGUGAAAUACAUGAAAAGAACGGUGGGUGAAGGGGAAGGAGAAGCUAUAGAUCAGCUGUUUUUCAAGGACCCGGACGGGUUCAUGAUCGAGAUCUGCAACUGCGAGAAUAUUACACUGGUUCCGCAGGCGUCGCUGGGCAAUAUAAAGCUCCCGUCCGACCGUCACACGCCGCCGGUUCAGCCGGAGAAAUGAAAUGAUAUUAUGGUGAACUUGUUGGGGAGUAUACUUUGAUCUAUUGGGCUUAGCCCACAUUACAUAUUGUGUACCGGCCCAUUAUGAUACCUUUGUAAGUUGUAACAUUUGACCUUUUAGAUUAGGUACCACUAA